GUAUAAGCUCUAUAUUAUUACAACUAUAUCACUGUCUCUUUUUUGGUGAGAAGCACAACUAUAUCAAAUUAUAAAGGUAUAAGCUCUAUAUUAUUACAACUAUAUCACUGUUUCUUUUUUGGUGAGAAGCACAACUAUAUCAAAUUAUAAAGGUAUAAGCUAACCAAUGUUUUAUUCUUGAAGCCCAAGUUCUUCUUUAGGACAACCGAGUCAGUUGCAAUGGGACAUGUCUAUAAAUCUAAAGAAAUAGACUAUACCACACACAGGCGGCUCCAAAGCCAAUGCUACGAGAAGGGCUGAAAUGAUGGCUCAGACUGGACAAAGGCCUGGACGAGCACAAAUAUACCUUGCUACUCAUAAGAAUCAAGAUGGAGUAUAUGUUAAUGAAGCAGCAAAAGAAAUAUGCGAAAAAAUUGAGUUAGCUUUAAGCCAAAGCACCAUAGACGAGUCUCAAAUUUCGCGAAAUGAUGCCGUCGGCAAGGUGCUAGGAGAAGAGCACUCUGGGAGGGUGAGGUGCUUGGGAUUAGGACCUGUCCCCAGUAAAGUUUUUAAACAAGCAAGACCUCGUUUCAGCGGUACAAGUGCUUCAAGAAGUGAAGGUUCAUGUUCGUCCCAAUGUCAACAGAACCAUAAGAAAAUGAUAAAUGCUCAGGAAAAAAUGAUGAAUGCUUUCAAGGCAUAUAUGAUAAUGAAAGAAGGGACGAUUCCAGAACAGUUUGCGGGGUUCUUUGCUUCUUCUUCGGCAGUUUCUCCUACAACACCAAGUGAUGCGGCGAGUGGAUCCCUUUCGCCCAUGGAUGCAAGAAGAUCAUGCGGUGAUAGUAAUCCUAGUGACAACCGUUGAUUUCGUUGUAUUGUUUGGUAGGAACGGAUGUUAGAAUGCUGGAGUGAAUGUAUUGUGUUUAAAUUUAGUUUUUGACUGAUCUGAUAAUGCUACUUAAAUUUUUAGUUUCAAAAACUAAUGGUACUUUAUGAUAACAUUUGUGAUUU